GUGGACUUGGCUCAAGGUCAUCCAAAGAUUUCACAGCAAAUCAUUUCUCCAAAGACCUCCUCGGCUAUCUCAUUUCACCUAACAGCUGUUCUGCGACCACAAGGGAUGGGUGAGAGAGAGAGCUCCAGGACGGGAGAGAUUAAUCAAACACGAGAGGCACAGAGACGGGAAAACACGGCGACAGAAGGACAGGCAGAGGAGCACCGAGAGAGACCAUUCACACUGAAGUGUCUACCUGCGGCGGAUUGAGGAGGGGUUGCUGUUCAGCAACAGGCUCACCUGCAGAGGCAGGACCAUGCGCUCCAAGGCUGCGCUUCCCCGGUUUGCCUCCCUUUUGUGUCUCCUUUUCCUCCCCUCGGUUUUGUCCUCCUCUCCUCGGCGUCAGUGGGUUCUCCAGCGUAUCCCUGUGGUCCUGCCGCAGCAGACAGAGGCUCGACCGACGCCGCAGUUUCUGAACGAGGCACGCCUGGACGUUGCUUCCCCCUGCGACCCAGAAUGCCACAAGACAGCCCCUCGUCCCAGCUACUGGGAUUUGCGGAGCCUUCUGGCCUACGAGACUCUAGACUCCAACGGCCAACUCACUGAGACCGCCAUUGGGAUUUAUGGCUACAAUCCCUAUUCCAAUACUAGUCCUGCUUACUCCUCUGGUUCCUCUGGUAAGGCCGAGCGGUCACAUGUCAGAAGAAAACGGCAGAUAUUUGGACAUGAUGGUCGUUUUAGUAUUGCGGGGCAGAACUUCCUGCUUAAGUACCCGUUCUCGGUGGCUGUCAAACUGUCCACCGGAUGUUCCGGUACUCUGGUGGGGGACCGUCAUGUUCUCACAGCUGCCCAUUGUGUACACGAUGGCAAAAACUAUGUGAAAGGAGCCCAGAGGCUUCGGGUGGGCUUUUUGAAACCAAAGCAACGGGAUGUACAACAUUCACCUAUUUACCUUCCCUCUAACUUUACCAACCACGUAGAGGGCGGCCCAGAACAGUACUCCCCACCUGCCAACGACAAAAUGAAGUUCCAGUGGAUCAGAGCCAAGCGCACCCACGUUCCCAAAGGUUGGAUUAAAGGCAACGCCAAUGACAUCGGGAUGGACUACGACUAUGCUUUGCUGGAGCUGAAAAAGCCUCACAAACGCCGCCACAUGAAGCUCGGGGUCAGCCCCCCGGCUCAGAGACUUCCCGGUCAUCGUGUCCACUUCUCAGGAUUUGACAAUGACCGCCCCGGACAGCUGGUGUAUCGGUUCUGUCAGGCAGGCGAGGAGACGUCGGACUUGUUGUACCAGCACUGCGACGCUCAGCCUGGGGCCAGCGGCUCUGGAGUCUAUGCCCGGAUGUGGGAUGGGCGGCGGCGGCGUUGGGAGCGCAAGGUGAUAGGCGUGUUCUCCGGGCACCAGUGGGUGGAGAAGAAAGGGACGUCUCAGGAAUUUAAUGUGGCCGUCAGAAUCACACCUCUUAAAUAUGCACAGAUCUGCUACUGGAUCAAAGGAAACUUUGUGGAUUGCAGAGAGGGGUGAAGGGAUAAAAACAAAAUGUAGGGAGGACUACACAGGGGUGUAGCUGCAAAAAGAACUGUGCCAGUCUCUAGGAACAUUUUCACAUGUUGUGACGUUACAACCACAAAUUCAAAAAUGGUGCAGUUUUAAAAAUGAAUAUUUAAAAAAAAAAUAGUGUGACAUAAAUGUAUUCAGCCUCACUGACUCAAUCCUUUGUAGAACCACCCUUUAUUACAGUUUCAGAUGCAGCAGAGAUUUUGGGUCGUUUCCAGCUUAGCAAAUCUAGACAGAAAAUGUUGACUCUUCUUUAAUAAAAUGAAUCAUAUUGGAGCUAAAAUUUGACAGGACCAAUCAAACAGAUACAUAUCCUUAGAUUUAACGCAUCAUUGCUGUGGCCACAUGGUUAUUCUAUGGCUCUCCUUCCAGGGCGUCAAUAAAAAAGUUGUCAGCUGCGAAGUUGUUCUCGAAAAAGUUACUUAACUGCAUGUCUAGUCAAUGUGGAACUAACCUCUAUCCACAGCUCAACCUUUGUAUUUUGCAUUAUUUGAGCACUUAGAAAAUGUCUGUGCACCAGAUGAUUCUGAAGUUGGUUCAGAAAUUUUCAGAAACACUUAAAAAAAAAAAAGAUGCUGGGCAUGAUUUGAAAUGUUUAAAAUUCAAAAUAUGUUUAGGUUUUGUUGGAUCAUCUAUAAAAUUCUCCUUGUGAGGCAAAAGACUAGCAGCAAACUCGUCAGCAUAUUUUUUUAGUUCUUAAUGUUUCUGAUAAGUGCAUCAUAUUUUUUUCCCCACAAUAUUGUUUAUUUAAAGGGUGGGCGUAUUACAAACAGAAUGGUUAAUCCAGGGGGGUAUUUAUGUUUGGUGAACCUCUUUCGCUGCCCCAACAUUUCUCCAGUAUUGCCCAGCAUUUAGCUCCAACCUUCCCUGCACUUCUGAAAAAAAAAAAAAAGGCUGCCGCCUCCUUGUUUCAUCAUUUACCAAAACAGUUUUCAACCACCAAUUUACCAUGUAGCCCAGAAAGUUACAUUUCAGUCUCAUCUAAACCUUCUUCGUUUUCCAUCUUUUAUACGUGACUUGUGGCAACAGUAGCUUUCUUCAUCUUCUGGAAUGCUAUGCUAACAGUUGUCCUGUCAACACCAUUCUCCCAGUUGUGCACACUUUUUAUUUUUAAAAAGUUUUUGAGAACUAUGCAUCUUUUUACUCCUACAUAAUUAUUAUGAGCUUACUCUGUUGGUGAUAGGAAAAUCCCAGUUAAAAACAUUGAGGUUUGUGAUUGUAACGUGACAACACGAACAAUUCAAGCCGUACGGAUACUUUAGCGAGGCGAUGCAUUUUCUUUUGGAUUGCCGGAAGCCACAGGAUUCCAUAUUUAUGUUCAACAACGACACAGUAAAACAAAUAACCUUCAUGGUUUUGUCCCAUUUCGGGGGAGGUAAAGUAAGCAAUCAAAACCAUUCAAACCUUUAUUUUUAUGUUCAUCGUCGCACCUUCAUUUACACCUCUAAAGUCCUAUAUAUUUUUAAAGAAGAUUGUAUUUGUUUUUUAAAAGAUGAUUGUGAACAAUCAAAGUAUCUGUUGGCUUUCGUGAUGUGAAAUGCAAACUGGUGGAGAGGAGACGUCUUUCCUUUGUCACAGUUAUGUUGAUUAAGAAUGCACUGUCAAGACUUCUACUGAAAAUCAUACCUGUGGAUGAAUGUACAUGUCAGCUAAGCCAAAGUUGUAAACUGUACCUUGCACCUUCUUCUAGUGGACAUAAAAGUUAAUCAACAAGCAUACAUUAUUUUCAAUGCUAAUGGAGUCUAAUAAAUUAAUCUUUAUUUUACAGGA